AAAAUCAGACCGGUUUAAUCUUUACACAUGAUGGUAUGAAUUCACAAGAUACAAGUUGGAGCAAUUACUGUAAAAUAUAUUCUGUUGUGUAUUUUCAUUGCUUGUCGGAGAGUUGAUACAAAUCAUUUUCUAAAUUGUUAACGAAAUUGUGUUCAAAUAUAUAGACAUGAUGACUAUAAACGUUGUCAAAUGUUUCAACGGAUCGUGGAAAAGCAUUCCUCGAAACAAAUUGUCAAGAAAUAUCAUAUACAAUAACAGAACUGCCAGAUCAAUAUCAUCGAUAGAUUCUAAGAAAAUUGAACAUUUCUCAAUUAUGAAAAACUUGUGGUGGAACAAGAACGGCCCAGUAACUGCCCUUCAUUCAUUCAAUCCAUUCAGAAUACAGUUUGUGAAAGAUGGAUUGAUAAACGCUGGAAUCAAAAUACAGAAUUCAAAUCUUCCUUUAAAAGGAAUCAAGAUUGUGGAUGUUGGCUGCGGUGGAGGUAUAAUGACCGAGGGUUUAGCUAGAGUAGGAGCUCAAGUAACUGGAAUAGACGUAUCAGCAGAAUUAAUAAGUGUUGCUAAAGAGCAUUUAAAAUUAGAUUCCAACCUAUCAGAAAGAGUGAAUUACAUUCACACAACCUUGGAAGAUUUUGCUCAUAAGGAGAGCGAAAACAGCAUAUAUGAUGCUGUUGUAUCUUCUGAAGUUUUGGAGCAUGUAUCAGACCCACAACUAUUUUUAAAAGAAUGUGUGAAAAUUAUGAAACCUGGCAAAUCGAUUUUUAUAACUACAAUAAACAGAACUCUAACAUCUUGGCUAUCUACUAUUCUGAGUAGCGAAUACAUUAUGAGAUGUGUACCUUGCGGUACUUUGAAAUGGAAUAAAUUUAUUACUCCUCAUGAAGUUCAACAUAUAUUAAAGAACUAUGAUUGCGAAACGAGAUCGAUUAAUGGUAUGAAAUUUAAUCCAGUAACAAGACAAUGGUCUCGAUCGUCUAGUAAGACACUAGUCGUUAAACGUUUUGGUUCAACUACGCCGUGUUAACAUGUUAGCACGUACUUAAUCUAAAAAUGUUCAGACCGAUAACAAAAUAGUGGAAAUAAGAUUAUAAACAUUAUAGUAACUCGUGGAUCGUGGAGUGCAAACUAGAGUUCUCUGUGUAGUAAAUAUUUAUUCAUGCAGCCCAGGCCUGUUAAUC